UUUUCAAUCAUCUCCAACGUUUCCAGAAAGGUAGUUUCGAUUGCUGCUCAUGUAUCUUACUUAACACCAUCAUCGCUAAUCUCUGUGAUUCUUGUCCAGUGUCUCUAACCUCCCUCGCAAUGUCGAGUCAAGAAGAUGAAGUCCCGAACGAGCUUAACGAGCGACUGGUGCAGGAAUCAGAAAGCGAAGAGUCCAACAACGGAGCUUCUUUCAACGGAGCCGUCUUCAACCUCACAACAACGAUCAUCGGUGCUGGAAUCAUGGCUCUGCCCGCGACGAUGAAGAUCCUCGGAAUCGUUCCCGGAAUCGUGAUGAUCAUUCUCAAGGCUUUCUUGACCGACACGACGAUCGAGUUCUUGCUUAGGUUUAGCGGAGGAAUCGGAUCGUACGGUGCUUUGAUGGAAGACUCUUUCGGUAGACCUGGAAGGAUUGCGUUGCAAGUCACUGUUCUUGUUAGCAACAUUGGUGUUUUAAUCGUUUACAUGAUCAUCAUCGGUGAUGUUUUGCACGUUAUGCUUAAAGAUUGGUGUGGAGAAACCUGGUGGGACCAGAGAACUAUUGUUCUUCUCUUUACAACUCUAUGCGCCCUUGCUCCAUUCACAGCCUUCAAGCGCAUUGAUGAUUUGAGAUACACAUCUGCCUUAUCACUUGUUCUAGCGCUUGUAUUUCUUUUCAUCACUGGAGGAAUCGUGGUUACAAAGUUUUUCAGAGGUGGUUUGAUGAAGCCAAAACUGUUCCCAAGUCUCACUGACUUGUCAUCCUUCUGGAAACUCUUCACCGUUGUUCCUGUCCUUGUCAGCGCAUUCAUUUGUCAUCCUAACGUCCAUAAUAUACAGAACGAGCUUCAAGACCCCACUCAGAUCAAACCCGUUGUGCGAUCAGCUCUCAUCAUCUCCUCCUCUGUUUACAUAAUGACAAGCUUGUUCGGAUACCUCUUGUUUGGUGAAUCUACUCGUGGUGACGUUCUGAGAAAUUUUGAUGCCGAUCUUAACAUCCCUUUUGGUUCGGUUCUCAGUAAAGCAGUCAGACUCAGCUAUGCAUCUCAUCUCCUACUUGUCUUCCCUAUUAUCUUCUAUCCUUUGCGGGUUAACGUGGACGGUCUCUUCUUCCCUACCGCUCCAUCACUUACCACCUCUAACCUGAGGUUUGCCUCCAUCACUGCGGCUCUCAUUGCUGUAAUCUUUGUUGGUGCAAACUUCAUUCCCAACAUCUGGGUUGCUUUCCAAGUCACUGGAGCUACAGCUUCUCUCUGCAUCGGUUUCAUAUUCCCUGCUGCUGUCAUCUUAAAGGAUCGGCAUAACCAAGCAACAAAGAUGGACAAGACCAAAUCUGUUUUCGUGAUAGUCGUUGCAGUUUUCUCCAAUGCAGUCGCCAUGUACAGUGCCUUUGUCAGGAAGAACCAAUCCAUAUUUCCAAAUGUGAUCGAAGAUUGAUUUUGUUUGCUUCUCUUAGUUUAGAUAGUUCUAAACAGCAUUAUGAAUAGUUAGUUGUAGGAGAUCCUUUGUUUCUUUUACUGUAAAGAAAACUUGAGAAAUGUUGUUACAGUUGCUAUAAUAAAAAAAAAAUUUCACUAAGAGUUUUUUUGCCUUU